AAACCAACCAACCAGCAGUGGCACUGCUCUCUCUCUCUCUCUCUCUCUCUCUCUCUCUAACAUGGCCGCCAUGUUAGAGCCACCGUUUUCAAACCCUCUCUUCUCUUCCAACAAUUCUCACAAUCUCAAAUUACUUCAAAAAAUCCCUCAAAACCCUAUUUUCCUCCCGCUUCUUCGCUCUCUCACCACCACCACAACCGCCGCCGCCGCCUGUUCCUGUUCUGCUAGAAAUGUCGACUCGCCGGACCCUGACCUCAGUCUAGUCAUUGCACGGGACCGAACCACCAAAGACCGCCGCAAAGUGGUCCGACUAGCCUGGGAGAAGCUGGUCCGAUGGUCUCGUUCUUGGAGGUCCAAGGCCAAGACCGACGUCCUUGAGCGUACUAAUAAGGUGGUGGUUCUUGGGGGUGGGUCUUUUGGAACAGCAAUGGCUGCCCAUGUUGCAGACAGAAAGGCUCAACUGGAAGUUAACAUGCUUGUACGUGAUCCGCAAAUAUGUCAAUCUAUUAACGAGAGGCACUGCAAUUUUAAGUAUUUCCCAGGACACAAGCUACCGGAAAAUGUCAUUGCAACAACUGAUGCCAAAGUUGCUUUGCUCAAUGCGGACUUUUGCCUCCAUGCUGUACCUGUGCAGUUCAGCUCAUCUUUUCUGGAGGGAAUUGCAGAUUAUGUUGAUCCAACCUUGCCAUUCAUCUCCCUCAGUAAGGGGUUAGAGCUUAAUACUUUGAGGACGAUGUCUCAAAUAAUCCCUCAAUCACUGAAGAAUCCUCGCCAGCCAUAUAUUGUACUAUCAGGGCCGUCAUUUGCAUUGGAAUUGAUGAACAAAUUGCCGACAGCAAUGGUGGUGGCAUCAAAAGACAAAAAACUGGCAAAUGCAGCCCAGCAGCUUCUAGCUUCCAGAAAUCUUAGAAUCAACACAUCAAGGGAUGUCACAGGGGUUGAAAUUGCAGGUGCACUAAAGAAUGUACUUGCAAUAGCGGCUGGGAUUGUGGAUGGGAUGAGUCUUGGUAAUAAUUCUAUGGCAGCUCUUGUUGCCCAAGGUUGUUCUGAAAUACGGUGGUUAGCGACAAAGAUGGGUGGGAAGUCAGCAACAAUAACUGGUUUAUCAGGAACUGGAGACAUUAUGCUUACCUGCUUUGUGAAUCUUUCAAGAAACCGAAAGGUUGGAGUUCGUCUUGGAUCAGGGGAAAGCCUCGAUGAUAUACUAAGUUCCAUGAAUCAGGUGGCUGAAGGUGUAUCGACGGCUGGAGCUGUGAUUGCUUUGGCACAAAAAUAUAAUGUCAAAAUGCCAGUUUUAACGGCGGUUGCUCGGAUCAUUGAUGAAGAAUUGACCCCAAAGAAAGCUGUUCUUGAAUUAAUGAGCCUUCCUCAGGUUAUAAUAAUAUUCUGUGAAGUCCAUUUGUGUACUAAUCACCAAACUCAUCACAAACAUCAAAUUUACCCCCCAAAGUGUUCAGUUAGAGGGUUACAACCCCUGAACUCAAAUGGAACCCGAAGUUAUAAUAACAUUUAGGUUACAAGUAGGAUCGCAAAUGAACCGAACUGCUUGUGAGCUCAACUCGAUAAGGGCUUAACUCGGCUCGGUUUGUUACGUUCGAGAUUUUUAGGCUUGUUUAAUAAACGAGGCAAGCACAAGCUAAAAUAAGCUUGUCUUGUAAAGCUCAGCUCGAUUAUUAUUUAUUUAAAUAACAGGAUAAAUAUAUUAUUUGUAUAUUAAAUGAUAUAUGAUGUGUUAUAAAUUCAUAUUGUAAAUAUAGAAUAAUAUUUAACGAGCCUACUGGGCUUGAUUAUCAAGGUGAACUUUUUCCUCA